AUGCCUGCAUCAACAAUGCGGGUGACAAAGUUUACCAAUGGUUAUCUCUUGAGAGAUGGCCAACUCGUACCCGGAGAUCUUUGGAUAUCUUCGGAAACAGGUCGAAUUAUCAGCCCGCAAUCGGCCUUUUACUCUGCUCAUUUGACCCCAGACAAAGUCAUUGACCUGGACGGAAAAAUCCUCUCUCCGGGGUUUAUCGAUGUCCAAAUAAACGGCUGUUACAAUAUCGACUUUUCCACGCCUGACCCAGCAUAUGCGUCAAAAUUGGCACAUACACACCGGCAAAUGAUCAAGAGCGGGCUCACCUCCUACACCCCAACAGUGAUCAGUACAAAGCCAGACUCAUAUCAUUCCGUGUUACCUCAUCUCGGCCCUUCUGGGAAGGAUCGGGAUGCCAGUAAGGGAUGCGAGAGCUUGGGCGCGCAUGUUGAAGGGCCCUUUCUCUCCCUCAUUCGAAAUGGAAUCCACAACCGUGAGGUGUUGCGCGAGGCUCAUUCAUGGUCCGAUAUUGAAGACUGCUAUGGCGCGUCAAACCUCCAGAACGUCCGAUACAUCACGGCUGCACCAGAGCGCGGAAAUAUGAUGUCUCUGAUCCCCGAAUUCGUGUCCAGAGGCAUAGGGUUCGCCAUAGGACACUCCGAUGCUACCUUUGAGCAGGCACAAGCAGCCAUUGUUGCCGGGGCCUCGAUGAUCACACAUCUAUUCAAUGCCAUGCGCCCCUUUGCGCACAGAGAGCCAGGGAUAUUUGGGCUGCUGGGCCAAUCGGCCCCUCCCACACCUGUCACAACACCCAAGCACAGUCGAUCCGGCAGCGCAUCGACCUCUCCCCGAGGCUCGCCAAAGUCUUCAAGGCGGUCCACGCCCCGCUCUAGCCUGAGCAUCAGCACAUCCAUAGCAGACUUGGAGGACGAGGCCCGAUACGUGCAGCCUUUCUUUGGCCUGAUUGCUGACGGCAUACAUCUAUCGGCUCAAGCACUCAAAAUCGCGUACUCGGCUCAUCCAGAAGGCGCCAUUCUGGUCACUGAUGCACAAAAGUUUGCCGGAUGUCCAGAUGGAGUGUACGAUUGGCGGGGAGAGGACCGUUUCGUCAAAGAAGGUAAAGUCCUAAAGCUGGAAAGCAAUGGGCGCAUUGCCGGCAGUGUUGUGGAUCUGAUCGACUGUAUCAACAAUUUCAGACGAUUUACCGGGUGCGGCUCGGCUAAGGCACUAGAAUGUGUUACCAGCACACCGGCCAAGAUGUUGGGCAAAGAUAUCGAGAAGAGCAAAGGCAAACUCGACGUGGGUAUGGAUGCAGACCUUGUGGUCCUUGAAGAAGGGCCGGACGGGGAUCUGUCUGUGCAACAAGUCUGGAAAUUCGGAGUUCAAGUUGUCUGA